AUGGCGACAGGAAAUGCAAAAGUGCAAGCUAUCCUCACUGAUAACAGAAAAGGUGAAGAAUCUGCCUCGCUAUCUGAAAAUAACAUGAUGGCUCAUGUUGCCGAGGCUGCCCAAAUUUCUUUUAACAUGUACCAAAUUAGAGAGGAUCCAGAAUUCCAUGAAAGCGCUAAGUGCAAGUGCAGUCAUUCAGUCUCAAGCUCAGAAGCCAGCACAACCUCGAGUCAGCUUUCCUGGUAUCCUCCGCCAGUCACUGAAGAGGCCUUCAAGCAUCUGCUUAUCUAUGGACCUCUUGAUGAUCUCCAUGAUGCUGAAGAAGCAUUUGCACUGCUCCUUGGCUUUCAAGGGUCUGGACCAGACUGCUGUCCCCAUCUUGAUGCAAUGCAGCCAUUUCACUGUAUUGCCAGUCGCCAUCAUGAUUGGCUUCACUUCAAGAAGCAUGCAGGCGAUGAUAUCAAGAAUCCAUUCAGAAAAGGUCCUGUCUUCCAUUCCCCACCACAUUCUCAUCAAGAAUAUCAGCCGGUGGAGGAUGCUGGUGAUGCCUGGAAGGAAUUGCGUUCAAGGUGGACAAAGGAGGCUGAGAAUGCAGGCGAUGAUGACAUGGAUUUUGGUCUAAAUGUAUCAAUUACAAUAUAA